UAUAUUACUUUUUAUUUUAGAGAAAGAAACAUUUUUGGAGGCUAGAUACAAAGACCCUUACAUUGUACAAAGACAGCGAGUCCUCUCAUUACUACAAAGAGAUACAGCUUGCUGAUAUAAUGGCCGUCGAUCCAAUGGUAAACCACGCCCUCUAUCCCCUCUCACCUCCUCACGUCUUUGAGAUUGUGACCUCUAGCUGUACUUAUUACGUGGGCGUGGACAUGGCAGGGGCAGUGCCCGAGGAUUUGAACCCACCAAAACAAACUGAAGGAGCACUAGGUCCUAAUAUACUCUGUAAUGUAUCCCACAUGUCAUUGAAUCAGUUAGAGGAGAUAGGAGUGGGACUCACAGUAGCUCUCAGUUGGGAGGAAGGGCUCCACAGUGCACUGAUGCCAAUAACACCUCAAGCAUCAAUGGGGAGUCUAGCUGAUAUUGGAGUACCAGGUGCUGCUAUAGUCAGACCUUCAUCCUUCAGGGGAAGGAGAGGUUCCUCUUUAAAAGGUUCUUUCAGAGGUACCAAAGGAUCUUUCAGAAACGCUUCAAGACCUCCCCACCACACCUCCACUGGUCGUGGGUCCUUCAGAGGAUCCUUUAGAGCCGUCAAACAGUCUCCGCCUGCAAUACCUGUCAGGGCAGCAAUGAAACCUAAAAUUGAAACAAAAAUGGAUGUAAGUCAAAUGUAUCAAAUAUUCCCUGAAGAAAUACUUGGCUCUGGGCAGUUUGGUACUGUAUUUGGAGGUCAGAACAGAACUACAGGGAAGAGUGUUGCCAUUAAAGUCAUUGACAAGUUAAGGUUCCCCCACAAACAGGACACAGCCCUAAGGCAGGAGGUCACAAUACUCCAGUUUCUUGAUCAUCCUGGAAUCAUUUAUCUUGAACAAAUGUUUGAAACACCAGAAAAAAUAUAUAUUGCUAUGGAGAAGAUGAAUGGUGACAUGUUGGAGAUGAUAUUGAGUAGCCCCAACAGUCGACUCUCAGAGAGGGUCACCAAAUUCCUCGUCUACCAAAUACUGGCAGCACUCCAGUAUCUCCAUAAGAAAGACAUUGUUCAUUGUGACCUCAAGCCGGAGAAUGUUCUCCUCACUUCAGAGUCCGGGAUGCCUCAAGUCAAACUGUGCGACUUUGGAUUUGCAAGAAUAAUUGGAGAGAAGUCCUUUAGAAAGUCAAUAGUAGGAACACCUGCUUAUCUGGCUCCUGAAGUACUCAAGAAUGAAGGCUACAAUCGUUCAUUGGACCUUUGGUCUGUUGGGGUCAUUAUAUACGUGAGUUUGAGUGGUACAUUCCCUUUCAAUGAAGACGAAGAGAUUUCUGAUCAGAUCCACAAUGCUGCCUUCAUGUAUCCGCCUGAUCCAUGGGCUGCCAUAACACAAGAGGCAAUCGAUUUAGUUUCUAAAUUAUUACAAAUAAACAGACGGUCAAGAUUUAAGACAACACAGGCACUUAAUCACAUUUGGCUUAGAGAUAUAAGAUUAUACGAAGAUGUUUGUGAAUUAGAAGGACGUCUAGACAUUCGUUACCUCACUCACGAGACAGAGGAUGCCUGGUGGGCACAGCAAGGUGCUAAACCCCACCCCCUAGUACUAAAAAAAGAAAAGAAAUUCAGUCACCACGUCUACAAAAAUAUCCAAAUUCUAGAUGACCCCCAUCGCUCAAACGUUCCCUCCAUAGCCACUACAGUCGCUGUUGCUAAACCUCCUCCUCCUCCUAGCAGUAACCCUCCACCUUCUUCUACACUAGUUAAUCCUGGCCCUCCAGCUCCAACAAAUAACAGAAGUAGUAAAGAUAAGGAUUCGACUGAUUUAAAGGCAGGAAGGAAAGAGAAGGAGGGUGUUGCAAUUAAACUAAGCGACAUAGAAGCUCAUGCUAAAAGAGUUGGUUACACUGUUAGUACUGUCUAAUUAUUAUUAUUAUUAUUAUUAUUAUUAUUAUUAUUUAUUAUCACCGUCGUUGUUGUUGUUGUUUUCAAUUUUUAUUAUCUAUCGUUAUUUUUGUGGCUGGCGUGACAGUGCAGGUGCUGUUUUACGUCUUAAUGUUCUCUCUUCCUCUCUUGUCAUUCAUUUUUAUUGAACUGGUCAUGGACUGAUGUGUAAUGUUUAUGUGUGUGUGUUUGUGUUGAAAUUCAAUUUUAUUCCUCACUCACUCUCUCUCUUUCCCUCAAUCACUAAUUUUCAUUUUAAACUCAAUAAUAUUUUGAUUGUGAAAUAUAGUAAAAUUCUUACACUUCAA